AUGCCUGCGCCCGCAACCCACCACACCCGCCUGCGCCACGGCGCCCCGACGCUCCUGCUCCUCCUGACGGCUCUCGCCACCACCCUCGCCUGCCACCACCUGCACCCCCUAGACACCACCUUCGCCUGGGACAGCAUCAAGACUCUGAAGGCCAUGGCUCCCAGACCGCCACAGCCCUGCCAACACCAACAGGCGCCCUUCCCCUUCCCCGACACCCUCCUCCACAACAGCCACCCACAGCAAGCCGCCGCCACCGCCCGACACAUCCUCGACAACCUCUUCGCCACCCUCAGCGCACAGAGCACCCCCCAACACUGGGACGACCAGGCACGCCAUCGCCUCCUCAACCACCUCCAUCAUUACAUCAAUCACCUGGAGCGAUGCCUGCCAGCCAACAGGACACUCAUCAAAAGCCAAGGGCCUCGCAACCUGAUGCUCAGCAUCAACAAAUACUUCAGGCGCAUCCACAACUUCCUCCACACCCACAACCACAGCGCCUGUGCCUGGGACCACGUCCGCCUCGAAGUUCGCGCCUCUUUCCAACGUGUGGACACACUGAUACGGCAAAUGAAGAGCCCAGCCACUCCUGGUACCCCCUAAACCCACCCGUGCCAAAUGCCCAUCCCCAGCCAAUGUCGGAGACCGCAGGGAUUGCUCAGCUCCGCUCAACACCUCUUCCAGCCAGGAGCCUGCACCGACAGGGAAGUGGGCAUGACUGUGGCGAGGAGGGGGCCAGGCUGCGGAACAGCCUGCACACCCACACUGCAGACACACCUUUGCUGGGAAGGAAGGAGAAGGAAAUGGUUGUGCUUCACAUUAAUGGACACAGACGAGGCAAUGGGGAGAGGGGUGGUAUUUAUUAUCCACGGCAUUUUCUUGCCCAUCCAGACUGUGACUUCCACUGAUGGAG